GGCGGGGUGGGUUGGUUGUUGCCGGAAACGAACCCGGGUCCGUGACUCCCGGAAGUAGAACGCCCACAGCAGAGCGGCUCGGCAGCUUCCGUGGCCGCCUUUGUUUGGAAGUUCCAGGCAAUCUUCUGAGAUGGCGAACGCAGCCGCGCCUACAGCGGCGGUCCCCACCCUAGCUCCGCCUUUGGAGCAGAUCCGGCACUUGGCAGAGGAGCUGCGGUUGCUGAUACCUGGAGUGCGGGUCGGCGAAGCCCUGGAGACCACCAAGGAGUUUAAUCCUGAGACGUUUUGGAGGAGACUCAAUGAGGCAGCUGUGAACGUGUCAAGGGAAGCUACGACUCUGACCGAAGUCUUCUCUCAUCUUCCACUGCCCUCUCCACAGGAAACACAGAGGUUCUGUGAACAAGUCCGUGCUGCCAUCAAGGCAAUGAUUGCAGUAUAUUAUUCACUUCCCAAGAAUCAGGGAAUCACUCUGAGAAAGCUGGUACGAAGCACCACUCUGGACAUCGUAGAUGGCAUGGCUCAACUUAUGGAUGCGCUUUUCAUGACUCCAACUCAGAGCUCAGAGAACAAUGACCUUAUUUCCUACAACAGUGUCUGGACUGCAUGCCAGCAGGUUCCUCAGAUACCAAGAGAUAACAAAGCUGCAGCCCUUUCAAUGCUGACGAAGAAUGUGGAUUUUGUGAAGGAUGCGCAUGAGGAAAUGGAGCAGGCCGUGGAAGAAUGUGACCCGUACUGUGGCCUCCUGAAUGACACUGAGGACAACUCUGAUAACCACGGUGAUGAAGAGGAUGAUGGGUUGGGGUAUCCAAACAAUCGGGACUUAUAUUGGUCAGAGGAGGAUCAAGAGCUCAUAAUCCCAUGCCUUGCACUGGUGAGAGCAUCAAAAGCCUGCCUGAAGAAAAUCCGGAUCUCAGUGGCAGAGAAUGGGAAGAAGGAUCAGGUGGCCCAACUGGACGACAUUGUGGAUAUCUCUGAUGAGAUCAGCCCUAGUGUGGAUGAUUUGGCUCUGAGUAUAUACCCACCUAUGUGCCACUUGACUGUGCGAAUCAAUUCUGCAAAACUUGUAUCUGUCUUAAAGAAGGCACUUGAAAUUACUAAAGCGAGUCAUGUGACCCCACAGCCAGAAGAUAGUUGGAUCCCUUUACUCAUUAAUGCCGUUGAUCAUUGCAUGAACAGAAUCAAGGAACUCACUCAGAAUGAACUUGAACUUUUCCCUUUUGCAGAGAAAAUGAAGCCAUCCUUCAUCCUUGAGGAAUCUUCUCAAGCUCGUGUUCCCAUUCCCAACCCUGUAGACAUAGACCUCUACCCCUGCUGCCACCCGGAAGAUGAAGUGUCCGCCCUCCCCAAGUUGAACCUCCACUUUUGAUGUCUGUGUCCCAUCCUGACCCCACUAUUGCCUGCUGUGUAACUUUGGGCAAAUUAUUUAAGCUCUCUGUCUUUGUCUCCUCAUCUGUAAAGUGAGGAUACCAGUGGUUGCUACCUCUUAAGGUUGUUGUGAGGAUAAAUGAUAUAAUGCAUAAUGUACACUUAACACUAUGUUUGCCAAAGUAAGCUACAGUUAUUCUAGUUGUCCCUCAUUUCCCCAAGGGUUGCACCAUCAAUUUUAACCCAUCUUUCCUGAGGCUUCAGUCUUUCCCUCUCUGUUGAUUAUUUUCCUCAGCACGAAAGCAGAUUCUGCUCUCUCAUCUUAAACAAACAAACAAAAAAAACCCACCCUCUCUCUACUCAGUGUCCCUGGCUGACAACCACUCAUCCUGUUUCCUUUUUCUGUCUGUUCUUCCAGGAAGGACUGGCACACUGUGUCUUGCUUUCUCAACUCUCAAUCAGUUUAACCCCUAGGAUGCUGUCCUUUGCCAUCAUUUCUCAGUAAGACCACUCCCUCAGUGUCUACUUUUCAGUCUUGACAUUUUGUGGCUACUCUCCUGACCCUGCUGGGUGGUCCUCCUGUCUUUGACUUCUCCAUUCACCUUCUGCUCCUUCCCUGCCUUCCCCCUACAUGCUGGUGCUGCCUGCCUUCACCCUCUUCUCUUCUCACACCCCUUCUUCUACCCCCAUGAGCUCAUUGAUGCCCUGACUUGGCAGCCCCCUCUGUGCUGGGAUUCCUCAUCUGGUCUCAAACCAAGGCCUUUAUUUUGAAUGCCAGG